AUGAAUUCUUCGGACGAUACUACUUUGGAGAAUAAUCAAAAUCCUAGCACCAGUGACAAUAACACGAGUCAGAAUAACUAUUUAUCACCAUUAGAUCGACGAAAACGUUUGCCAAAUUCGUCUCAAUGUGAGAUUCGAAUAUUAAUGACGUCGAAAGACGCUGGCGCGAUAAUUGGAAAAGGUGGAAGUUCAAUACAAAAGUUACGUUCCGAUUACAAGUGUACAAUUCAAAUACCCGAUUGCUCAUCUCCCGAACGAGUGUUGAUUAUAUCAGGUGAUUACGAACAGUGUUUUGAUUGUCUACAACAAAUUGUUCCAACUCUAAUUGAUCUAUUCCGUUCAUCAAAUUCUCGUCGACGAAAUUCAACAAUUGAUCAACCGCAACAAACUGAUAAUAAUAAUGGUGAUGAAAAUUCCACUCAACAACAACAACAACAACAACAACAACCAUGUGAAGUUCGUUUAUUAGUACAUCAAAUAUAUUGUGGUGCAAUUAUUGGCAAGGGUGGCGAACGAAUUAAAGAAUUACGAGCUAAAUAUAAUUUAGAUAUUAAAGUAUUUUCAAGAUGUUGUCCCAUGAGUAAUGAGCGAGUGGUAUCUCUGCGUGGAAAAUCAGACGAUAUCAUCGAAUGUAUUAAACAUCUAUAUACGCUAAUGGAAACAUCGACACAACAACAACAACGAACACCGCCACCAGUAAGACAUUAUGAUCCACAUAAUUUUGAUAUUUAUAUAGCCAAUGAAUAUGGUAGUUUUCUGUUUAAUGGAAUGCCGUCAAAUGGUUAUGGAAUGAAUGUUGGUGGUCGACCCUUUCGUGAUAUGAUGCCCGUGGCACCUGGAAUGUACCAUUUACCACCGUUACUCAAUUAUGGUUCGAGAAAUUUUCGCUCAAUGAUUACAUCAACACAAGUGACCCUUCCGAACGAAUUAGUUGGUGCAAUUAUGGGACCACGUGGUCGAAAAAUUCAAGAAAUUCGUCAACAAACAAACGCAAAUAUAAUUGUUGAUGAUCAGCAGAUCGGAGGAAGUGGUGGUAGUACUUUGGGUAAUAAUGGUUUAAAUGCAACGGAUCGUAUAAUAACGAUCGAAGGUACUCCUGAUCAAAUACAUCGUGCACAAAUGCUUUUACAACAAGCUGUUAGGCAAUCAGGAUUGUGGCGAUCGUAG